UUUUCAUUCUUGAAACUGUUUUUCUGAGGCACGGCAGUUGUCCUUUUACAUUUCAGAAAAUGAAAACGGCAGGAAAAGAAAAAUUGACCCUAAGAAAGGAGCUGGGGCUCACCAGUGCUGUAUCUUUGGUUGCAGGCACCAUGAUUGGUUCAGGAAUUUUCAUGUCUCCACAGUUUGUACUGGUGUACGUUGGGAGUUCAGGGGCAAGCUUGAUCAUCUGGGCAGUGUGUGGUAUAGUAUGCAUGUGUACUGCUUUGUCAUAUGCUGAGAUUGGAAGCAUUAUAAAAGAAUCAGGGGGUCACUAUAGCUAUAUUCUUCGAAUUUAUGGACCUUGUCCUGCAUUCCUUGUUGCCUUUACAACCAUGUUUGUUAUAAGGCCAUUAGGGAUGAUAGCUGGUUCCCUGAGCUUUGCUAAAUAUGCGUUGGCACCAUUUUACCCAGACUGUACACCUCCCAUACUAGUGUUAAAAUGUACUGCUGCGGCAUGUGUGUUAGUGAUUGCAACUGCCAAUGUGCUAAAUAUACGUUUUACCAUGGCUAUUCAGGUGGUAUUUAUGGUGGCAAAAUUUGUAGGUCUAAUGAUAAUAGUUACUGGAGGAAUAAUAACACUUCUUCAGGGAAAUUGUGGUAGCCUCCACAAUCUAGAAAGUGCCUUUGCAGACACAAAGCUUGGCAUCAGUACUGUUGGAAUGGCAUUGUAUCAAUGCCUGUGGUCAUAUGCUGGGUGGUACAACUUAAACAAUGUUACUGAGGAGGUGAAAAGGCCAGAGGUGAACCUGCCAAGGGCACUGAUGAUAGCUAUUCCCAUGGUAAUGAUUCUGUAUAUACUAGUCAAUGUCAGUUAUCUUGUUGUCAUGACACCCACAGAGAUGAUAUCAUCCAGUGCAGUGGCUGUCACUUGGGGGAAUAAAGUAUUAGGAGGAUGGGGCUGGGUGAUGUCUGUUGCUGCAGCACUCUCAGCCUUUGGUUCUCUAAAUGGAUCAUUUUUCAGUGGAGGACGAGUGUGUUAUGUAGCAGCAAGAGAGGGACACAUGCCAGACAUCCUGGCGAUGGCUCAUAUGCACAGGCUUACUCCCUCUCCUGCCCUCAUUUUCAACACAAUCAUUGCUCUCAUUGUUCUUAUUCCGGGAGACUUCCAGGCCAUAGUGAACUACUUCAGCUUUGCUGCAUGGUUCUUUUACGGGAUGACAGUAUCAGGUCUUCUGUACUUGAAAAUUAAGAAACCUGAAAUUCCCCGAACAAUUACGGUACCUAUAAUUAUUCCCAUCCUGGUGUUGCUGGCCGCAGUCUUCCUGGUACUGGCACCCAUCAUUGAUGACCCUCAGAUUGAGUACUUCUAUGUGACCCUCUUCAUGCUGAGUGGCAUUGUGAUUUACAUCCCUUUAAUUCAUUUGAAACUGUUCCCAGGAUUGUUAAAUAAACUCACAGUCUUCCUUCAGCUGUUCUUAGAAGUAGCACCAACUGCCAAAAACCUGUAAUGCAGAGGGAAUAGACCUGUCAAAUUCAGAUGUUAUAGAUUCUCACAAUCCUAAAUUUAAGUUUGAAGAGAAAAAAAUCUCUUAGUAAUAAUCUUCAAAUUUAUCUAUAUGAAAGAUGGUAAGCUGGAAAUAUUUGAUAGUAACUAUUCUUAAUUCAUCUUUUGGUAACACAUUACAGUAAGAUUUUACAAUUCCUGUGAAGAAACUAUUAUUUUUUUUAAUGUUAACGGCUUUGUUGAUUCUUUGUUAAUAGUCUAGCUUUAAAGAAACAUCUUCAACUGUAACAGUAUUUAGAAGUAAUUUUAGAUCACAUUCUACAUCUG